AUGACCCCAAACACUGAAGCCGGUUCUCCACGUCCUGGAAAGAGGGAAAUGACAUUGAGACACUCCACUGGCCUUCACAAUCACCCGAUGCGAAUUCCAUUGAAAAUUACCAUACUGCCGUUUCUCACGCACAGCACAAUCGACGAACAGAAUAUUACUGUUAAACCAAUACCUUGCCCCGGAUUCGAUAUUAUUUUCGACUUGCAUUUUACGCCGACCUAUGUAUUUGUAUUUUGCGGACAAUGGUUAGCCAGUAUGGUACUUAACGAAAUCACCAUGGCAGUAUGCUGCUUGGCAGCUAUGUUUGUAGCUCACGCAUGCGGUCAAAUCGAGAUCGUGAUGGCUCGCGUAAAAAACUUUGUAAAAAAUGCACAAAACAAUCAUAUCAAGCAACACAUGGCAAUUAUAGUGAAACACCACAUGCAGUCAUUGAGGUUUUCAGUCAGUAUCGAUAGUAUCUUACGCGAAAUAUGUCUGGUUGAAAUAGUGGGAACAACGUUAACUAUAUGUCUACUGGAAUAUUAUUGUAUCACGGAAUGGAAUAACAACGACAGUAUAGCAAUUUUAACAUACUUUUUUUUAUUAAUAUCGUUUGUCUUCAAUGUUUUUACGCUUUGCUACAUUGGUGAACAAUUAACAAAUCAGUGCAGUAAAAUUGGGUAUACUUCGUAUGAAAUCGAGUGGUACCAUUUACCAGGAAAGAUUGCACUUGAUCUCACGUUAAUAAUCAGCAUAUCACAUCAUCCGAUAAAAGUUACUGCAGGAAAAAUAAUCAGUCUUUCGUUCUCAAGUUUUGGCUCUGUACUGAAAACUUCGAUUACAUAUUUAAAUAUGCUCCGAACAUUCGUUUGA